GGAUGAAGUCAGCAGAAAGUGCAGCAGUUAUUGAGUUGUCAGCAUGAUCAUCUGGUUUCUUCUAGUGCUAACCAUCUGUGGACUUCAGGUAGCUGUUGGGCAAGAUGGGCCUCAACAUCCAAAAAUCAUCAGAACUGCGCCUGUUAUGAUUCCAUGCUUACAAUGCCUUCAGAACUCGGACAUGAACCUCGGAGCUACGAUAAUACCUUCAACCCAAGGGUGUGGCUCAGGUUGUAGUUGUGGUUGUGGUGGAAGAAACUAUGAGGUUGAGGACCCUUGGAGAGGACAAGUAGAGGUUGGAGAUGAACAAGGAUGUUCUUGCUGCGGAACUGAUAACGACGAAUAUAGUCAAGGCUGCGAAGGAAGCCCAUCAUUUGGUGCUGCAAUGUUGGGACCCUUGGCAUCUGUACUCUCCAGCUUCAUGAGUGGAGUUGGUAGCAAUGGAAAUCAGGCAGUUACUUUUGAUUUUGAUGGUGCGUCUUGUGACAAUCCUAAAAAUUCUCCUCUGCAGCCCCAAUGUGAAAUACCUUACAAUGUGGCAAAUCCCCAAUGUGAAAUGCCCCUCAAUGUGGCUAACCCCCAAUGUGAAAUACCUAACAGUGUACCCAACCCCCAAUUUGAAAUACCUAACAGUGUACCUAAUCUCCAAUGUCAAAUACCUUACAAUGUAGAAAAUCACCAAUCUGAAAUACCUCUCAAUGUAGCUAACCCCCAAUGUCAAAUACCUCACAGUUUAGCUAAUCCCCAAUUUGAUGUACGCUACAACAAUGUAGCAAAUUCCCAACCUCAUGUACGUUACAAUCAGUCGCACAGGAAUAUACCAUUGACACCCCUUGUAACACACGAAAAAGACAAUACCAUAUACAAUAACCAGUCACCUCACAGAGUUCUGAGAAAUAACCACCCUGUGGUAGGCCCUGUUUGCUACAGGAAAUCCAAGAAAGGAGUCUCUGAUAUAGAAGAAGAUAGUCUGUACGCAUAUGGGCAAGAAGGUCCUAACAAAAAUAAUAUUUACAAUCAAAAAAUUACUCAGGGGACUGAUUUAAACAGAGGUUUUCCUCAAAGUAAGCACUCUCCAGGUGGCAGGGAUAGUAACUCAAUUUUCCCCCAACCCCAACCCGCACAAACAGGAAAUCCCAAUUUUGAUGGAAUUCCAAGGUUAGCAUUGACUUCAUCUUCUCAACACAUACCUUAUGUUCAAAGUGGAAACCAAGAAAAGAGCAUUAUACCAUUAAAUUAGUUGUUUUUAAUUUAUAACACUUGUUUUAGCUAGGUAGUAAGGUCUAAGUUUUCUGUGUUAUUAGGUACUAGCCGUUUUGUAUUUUUUUUUUAGUUUAUGUGAAUGUAUUAGCUGUAGUAAAGAAUUCAUCACCCAAGAGACCAACCUCCUUUCCUGCUCAGUUUCAUAAAUCGACUGAUUAAUUCUAACAGAACAGCAUUUAAUAUGUAGUCAGUGAGGAGUAAAGUUUGAUUAUACGUACAA